AUGUCUAAGGCAAAUAAUACAGAUUUUGAUUCCCGCGAGAAGGGUCUCAAGAAAAAGAAAAACCAAAAGAGAGUAUCUCGAACCUGGUUCGUUAUUGCGAUUGUAAUCAAUGUCUUGAUGAUAUUGGCUUCCGCAUAUAUACUUUACUCCUGGCACGAGUUCGGUGUGGUGAACACUAGCUACAAGAACUACAUCUUGACACACGCAGCCGCUGAUGUCUUUGUUCGGGCUGUGCUUAUCUUAUUGGCUUUGCAAAGGCACGGGUCUGGCUUUGCAGUAAAAAAUACUCUUGGGUUUCUAGUCGGAAGGGAAGACUAUUACCUUUUGUCCCAUUAUAACAAACGCAAACGUCGAAUGAUUCGUGAUGCCCUUAGAUUGAAAGCCAUGCUGGUUUGGUUCGCAGUAUUUGGAAUGAUUGGUUGGGUAUACGCGAUCAGGGCUGCCAUGAAUAAGCAUAAUUCCAUUUUAAUGUAUGCUUCGUAUGGCGGCGCCGUUAUAGUGGGAUUUUAUUUGAUGCUGAACACCUUUGUGUUCAACUGUUACCAGUCCAUGAGGUAUACAGUUCGCAUCAAUGGAAAGGUGGUCAAGAAAGGUGGUGGAAGGAUCCAUCUGAAGGUAGUUGAUGAUGACUCUGACUCUGACUCCGACGAUGAUAGUGAUGGUAGUGAUGAAGAUAAUAAUGAGGAUGGGGACGAUAAUGGGAGUGAUGGUAGCGAUGAUGAUGACGGUGAUGAUGGUGACGACAGUGAUGAUGGCGGUGACGAUGGUGGGGACGGCGGUGACUAA